AUGUCUAUACACGAAUAUUUUGAAAGGGCAUCAUCAAAGUGGAAUAUUACUGAUUUCUUGGAAGAGUGCGACCUAGAACCAUACCACCGUAAAAUAGAAUCAUAUACUAAAUCUCUUGAGAUUAUUGCUGACAUGGAGAAAGGCAAAAGAAAGGAUAAGGCACAAAAUCUUAUUCAAGACUUCGGGUUCAGCCACAAAGCUAGUGUUGGGGCACCAGGUAACUUCGGGUUCAUCUGGUGUUCAAGCCUUCGGGGUGACCCAGCACUAGCCCUUCUGGGACAUUGGGAACAACGGCCCGAUUAUAAAGUAGCGCGAAAAUGGAAGGAAACUAAGGAGCAAAAUUCAGCCAGAGGACCCUCGUUUAUAAUUUCGGGCACUGUAGUUGGACCUGUUGGGUUCAAUGAAGGAACGCUUAAUUCCGAGAUCGAUAAUUUCUUUCAAGGACCCUCUAAACAAAAAAUAACAAAUCCGAUUAAGAAACGACGAAAAUCGGAAAACAUAAACAAUAAACGAGAAAUUUCCAACGAAACAGAUAAAGAAGAGGAUGAGACCGAGCCUGAAGCACAAGAAUCCGUUUUUAUAUCUGAUGAUGAUAAUUCGGAUUACAUAUUAAGCGAUUUUGAAGAUGAGAUCCCUCUCCCCCAAUUGUUGUUAUCAUCACAACUCAAGGAUUUCCAGGAAUCCUACAAAAAAAUGAAUGUAGCUCAUAAGUGGGUUCUCGCUUCUGGAAAGUGCGUCGAAGACACCCUUUUCGAAUAUUGUAGACGACAGCCAGUUGAAUCACUCCUACAUUCAUGGAUUAUUGACCUUGAUGAUAGAGAAACAGAUUCGUUAUUUACAACUGAAGAAUGGAAUGAAAUCCAGUGUGCUGUCAAAAUUUUGCCAAAGGUUGAUCGUACUUUUGCAGAUUCUAUGAUGCGAUUUUCGAAUGUUAAAACAGCAAGCGAUCUAAGACUCGUCUUAGAAACAACAUCCUUUUUAAAUGAGGAUGAACCUUAUGAUCGAGUAAAACAUUACGAUGCUGAAUGGGCCGAAAUCGUGAUGAGGAAGUUUCUUACGUAUUAUGAAGACCCUAAUGAAACACUGCAAAAGCAACAUCUCGAGUCCUGGUAUGACAUAAAUGUGUGGUCGCUUAUCAUCGAUCACGGUCUCUGCGAUGUGAUUGGAAUGGAAACUGUCAGAAAGGAAUCGUCAAGUGUAGCGGUAGCCACGCGGAAAAACCGAAAGAGGGCACGUACACUUCGCAGAAAGCCAGAACGUAAAAAGAUGGGAUAUCGGAUGGAUGGAAUAUUCCGGAUGUACAUUGGUGAUGUUGAGUAUGGAGCGACUGAAGUGGCCAAGAAGUUUGAUACAGCCAAACUGUUGACCGAUGGGUUUAAACUGGUGAAGGCUAUGCAUGAUAUCUUUGUAUGCUUAAGUGAAAAAGUCCGUUUCGAAGAAAAGAAAGUAAGGCAACUGCGAGUCGCUGGCAUGCUUCACAUGGGCCUCAAAUUGCAAGUUUUACAAAUGAGUAGUCCCAAGGGAUAUGUAAUAAUAUUAAAACGAGAGAAGAUUCUUGAUGUGCCAGCUAUGGCUGAAAAAAUAAAAGAUCUUAUCAGGGUGUUAACUAAUGUGUGGCGAAUGAAGAAAAUGAUCAUGGAUUGCAUGGCGGCAGUGAACACGAGAACCCAAGAUCAAACAGAUUUUUUGUGA